AUGUUCGUUGUUGUUUGUGUAUGAAUCUCUUUGAUUUAAAAGAACACAGUUUAAACAUUUUUUAAACAUACAUACACCUCAAAAUUUUAAUUCAGUGAUGGCAUUUUCAUUUGGAAGUGGUAAUCAGCCUAGUUUUGGAAACACCGCCAAUAAACCCACAGCCUUCGGCACUCCUUUUGGCGUGACUACCACCACAGCCAGCACCGGUUUCGGAGGUUUCGGCUCCUUCGGCUCUACACCUCAACCCUCCACUGGUUUCGGUUCAACUUUUGGAGCUCAAUCCGGUCCAACCUCCGGUUUCGGCAGUACUUUCGGCGCUCCGGCAAGCUCCGCUCCUGCCUUUGGAUCAUCUUUCGGGGCUCCAACAUCCACAGCAACCUCCAGUUUUGGUACUGGAUUUGGUGCUUCAACCGGCACCGGCCUUUUCGGUACUUCGACAACCAAACCGAGCUUGUUCGGCACUCCUACAACCUCCACGUCUUUGUUUUCCACGCCUGCAAAUGCGGCACCUAGCUUAUUCGGUACUUCUACAACAACGCAAGCUCCGAGUUUGUUCGGAAACGUGACGACUACGACGCCGAGUUUGUUCGGUACUGGAAGUACUCCAGCGCCGAGCCUAUUCGGAGGUGCAACAACAUCAGCACCGAAUUUGUUCGGGUCGACAUUCGGGGGUACCGCUACUACUUCCGGUGCUAGUUUGUUUGGUGGGGGAAGUACGAGUGGUACUGGAUUUGGAUUAUUCGGAGGUACUACCACCACAAGUGCUGCUCCGUCGUUAUUUGGAGGGUUUGGGGGCACCCAAACGACUGGGGGCUUUGGGGGAUUUGGUACUGCUGGGGCAGGAACAGGUUUUGGGACUCAACAGCAAAGCACGAAUUUGUUUGGAGGGGCUUUUGGACCGAAACCUGCAGUACCGACAGGUGGUCCUCAAUCUGUGUUAACAACUCAACAACAACAAAAUCAGCAAGUGAUGGCAUCAAUAUAUGCCAUAAAUAUUUACAAUGACGAAAGAGAUGAUAUUUUAAAAAAAUGGAACUUACUGCAGGCUUGCUGGGGUACAGGCAAAGGUUAUUAUAAUCCUAACCUCCCCCCUAUCGAGUACACAAUGUACAAUCCAUUUUAUCGCUUUAAGGCAGUAGGCUACAAUAUUAUUCCUGAGCAUGACAAUACAGAAGGUUUAGUUAAAUUGAUCUUCAACCGAAAGUAUUCGGAACUCAGUAGUCAAAAACAAGUACUUAUUAACGGAAUCGGUGGUAUUUUGGGAAACAAACCGAACUUGAAAGUUAUCAUUCAGCAUAUUAAGGCACUAGCUGAUACCCAGUCGGAAAUACGAAUCGUGGUAAUGGAAAAAGGUGUUACUGGAAACAGUAGAAAAAUACCAGCGACUGAUUUAGCAAACUACCUCAACCAGCCAGCCCAAAAACAACAACUUACUAACGUUGGAGUUACUUCCAUUGUGGCCUAUGUAACUCCAUCAAAGGCUGCGUUAGAAGAGUACCUGAAGACGGUACCACUAGGAUUCGACCCUCAGAUGUGGAAAGCCGCAAUUGUAGACAAUCCUAACCCAAAUAAAUACAUGCCCGUACCCAUUUACGGUUUCAACGAUCUUAAAGCUAGAAAACUGAAACAAGAGCAUGAGACGGGUUUGCACAAAGCAUUUGAAGAAAAAAUUAAUAACGAAUUAGCAGAACUGAAGAAGAAACAUGCGGCAUCUAUCGCUAGAAUUAACGAAUUAAAACACAGAUUCUUGCAUCUGCAACAUCGCACACUACGGAUAUUGGUUAGGCAAGAAAGUAUAAGAAAAAAUGGAAUCGCUAUUCAACCAGAAGAGGAAUAUUUGAAAGGCAAACUUGAGACGAUGUACACACAUUUGAAUGUUCCAACUCAGUUCAAGGGGCAACUCAACGAAUUGAUUUCUACUGUUAAAUUAAUGGAAAACACUGCAAGACCACCUCAACCAAAGUACAAAUUAAUACCGGAAACUCAAGGAGAAUUAAAAGACUUCCUACAAUUGCAACAAAAUGGUAUUUCGAAGCUCGUUGAUAUUGUGAAGGAAGAUAUGCGCUCGUUAAACAUCAUGAUUGAAGGUAUGCGCCAAAUUAUGCCAAAUAAAUCUGUAAUGUAAUUAUUAAACAAUCAAUUUUCAUUCGA